UAUGUAAUAAUUUGAAGGAAUAUAAUAAUAGGAAUAAUAGGAAGAUUAGGAACAAAUAAGUUUCUAAUUUCUUGAAAUAAAAUUACCUAAUUCAAUAUUAAGUCAAAGCUAAGCUAUAAUCAUAGCUUAAUAUGGUCCUGCAUCUAUAUAUAUAGAUUAACAUCUUUAAAAAUCUUAAGAAGUAGGAUAGAUAAUUCAAACAACAUCCAAUCCAAUAAAAUUAGCAAGUAUCAAAUAGAUUGAUUAAUUGUUGGUUAUAUCAUUUAAGAAAGACAUACGUUAUUACUAUUUCUAAGAAUACAAUUUACUUAAAGAAUUGGAAAAUCUUGGGUUAAAGCAAUAACACAUAUAUAUAUUAAUGAAUGUACCAUCUUCUACUUUAGAGAGAUAUACAGAUGAAAAUUCUUAAUUACGUCAAUUAAAUCACAACAUUGAAAGUAGUGUGAAAUAAUUAGAAGAUCCAGAAGAAUUGGAAGGAUAUUUUGGAGAUUUGUUUUAUUCUCUUAAACAUCUAAAAUCAAUAGCAUAUAUUUUAGUACAAACUAAUUAUGAUAUAUCAUUUGAAUUAAUUUAGAAAUAUGAUGAAAUUAGGAAACAUUUACCAUAAAUUCCAAAUAUUAUGAACAAAGAAUUCAUAAGAGAAGAAUUGAAAAUGUAUUCCAAGAGUUAAAAUAGAGAUAAUGUUCACAUUUGAA